AGGAGUUUUCUAACAUUGAAAUUUUGUCAGGGUUUUUUUCGUUUUUGUGUGUCCACAAAUAAUAUCACAGGAGAGUAGUUGAUAAAAAUAUCAACAAUACAAAACGCGAAUGCUGCAACUAUUUUUAGCAAUUCUAAUAUUUAGUCAUGCCACUGAAGGAAAUUACGGUUGCCAACCCGCUGAAGAAGGACAACCCUACAAGCUGAGCUACACGCUGACAACCAUCCCAGCUCACAGAACAAUGCUGUUAUGGUUGAAAGAUGGUCAGCUGGUGUCCGAGUGUCCAGUGGAGGCUGGAGACUGUAGCAACAACGACAUCAGCUGGUUCCACGCCACGGUGACACGAAGAGAAAAUCUGCUCCAUUUUGUUUUGGAUGUCCUCAACGUGACGCGGGAGACGCCCAAAAAUGUACAGGGCGUCUGGGCGCUAAAAACACAUAGCCUGGAAUCUACAGAGGAGUACUUGUAUAGCUGUGAUCUCAAAACCUAUGGUAUUGUUACCUUAUAA